AUGUCGAUCCGCUGGACAUGCCUAUCGUCUCUCUCAACUAUAGCACGAUCAUCCCACUGUGCUUCUAUCGCAAACAAAGGCACCCUGCUGUUAUAUGCUGGCGAGUUCCAGCCGCGCAAGCCUGUGGAUGGAGAUGUUCACCCGGAACCCCGAGUGGGCGCGACAACAGUGUUCGAUGGCGGAAAUUUGUACAUGUGGGGCGGAAGGGGGGGCGCUGAUAUGACGCCUCUAGAUCCCAAGCAAUCAGGUAUAUGGAAGGGGCAGAUAUCACAGGAUGAGGUGGUAUGGGAGAAGCUGGAAGGUACGGGCGAUGAGCCCGUCACGAGAAGCUUCCACGCUUCCGUCAUGGCUAAUGGAAAGUUGUACAUCCAUGCGGGUUGUCCUACCUCUGGUCGCCUCUCUACUCUUCAUUCUUAUGAUCUGCAAUCCUCUCGGUGGUCUCUCUGUGCAGAUGCUCCUGAUCCCGCCCGUGGCGGGACCGCUAUCGCUUCUGUAAAAUUUCCAACGUCUUCCUCUGAUGAGGAAGUGAUCAUUCGAUUCGGCGGUUUCGCUGGGUGCCAACUCCCCACCUCAACACCACCACCCUUGGAUAUUUACACACCAAGUACCAACUCCUGGACAACCGUUGUACCGUCUGGCGAUCCGGAACAGGGAUAUCCCGGAGCGCGCUCCGUCCACGGUCUCGUCCCUCUUUCCACGUCUGAUGGUACUGGAGUCGCAUUGCUAUACCACGGCGAGUGUGAGGCAUCCAACUUGGGCCAUGCGGGUGCUGGAAAUUUCUGGGAUGAUGCUUGGGCGCUGGUGUGGCAUGAGGGCGCGCUAAGGUGGAAGAAGUUAAUUCUGGCAGGUGAUUCAACUCCGGAGGGCCGUGGCUGGAUCCCUUCAACAUCUUAUACCGCCCCUGGAGGUAAUACUCGAGUAGUUCUCUCGGGCGGUCUCCUUAGUUCGAACGAGCGCAGUGGGGAAGUGUGGAUUGGCGAUGUCCAACUCUGA